UAAACAAAGCAAUUAAGAAGCAAUGGAAGAAAUUCAAGUAGAGAAGGAAAUGUCGAGUGAGAAACAAGUAGAGAAAACUCUGAAUGAUUGGCUUCCAAUUACAAAGUCAAGGAAGGCAAAAUGGUGGUACUCUGCUUUCCACAAUGUCACUGCCAUGGUUGGUGCUGGUGUCUUGGGCCUCCCUUAUGCCAUGUCUCAACUUGGAUGGGGUCCAGGUGCAGUCGUGAUGGUGCUGUCAUGGGUGAUUACACUGUAUACACUAUGGCAAAUGGUGGAGAUGCAUGAAAUGGUGCCUGGAAAGAGAUUUGAUAGGUACCAUGAGCUGGGGCAGCAUGCUUUUGGGGAAAAACUUGGGCUUUGGGUGGUGGUUCCUCAGCAACUGAUGGUAGAAGUAGGGGUUAAUAUAGUUUAUAUGGUUACAGGAGGCAAGUCUUUAAAGAAAUUUCAUGAUACUGUUUGCCCUGAUUGCAAACAGAUUAAAACCACUUAUUUCAUUAUGAUAUUUGGCUCCGUUCACUUUGUUCUCUCUCAUCUCCCAAGUUUCAAUUCCAUCACUGCUGUCUCUUUUGCUGCUGCUGUUAUGUCCUUGAGUUAUUCAACUAUUGGUUGGGUAGCUUCAGCGCACAAAGGGGUUCAACCUGGUGUACAAUAUGAACCUAGGGCAUCAACUUCGACAGGACAGCUUUUCGGAUUCUUUAGUGCACUGGGAGAUGUAGCUUUUGCGUUUGCAGGGCACAAUGUCGUUUUGGAGAUUCAGGCAACAAUUCCUUCCACACCUGAAAAGCCUUCCAAGAAACCCAUGUGGAAAGGCGUUAUCAUUGCCUAUUUAGUUGUUGCUUUGUGUUACUUCCCUGUUGCUUUUAUAGGUUACUUGGUAUUUGGAAACAAAGUUGAGGACAAUAUCCUCAUUUCACUUGAAAAACCUUGGUGGCUCAUCGCUGUUGCUAAUUUAUUCGUCGUCAUUCAUGUCAUCGGAAGUUAUCAGAUUUUCGCAGUGCCGGUUUUUGACAUGUUAGAAUCAUUUUUGGUAUUGAGAAUGAAAUUGAAGCCAAGCUUAAUUCUUCGGUUUAUGACUCGAACUUCAUAUGUUGCUUUGACGAUGUUUCUUGCUAUGACAUUCCCAUUUUUUGGAGGGCUUCUCAGUUUCUUUGGAGGAUUUGCUUUUGCUCCUACCACAUACUAUCUUCCUUGCAUCAUGUGGCUUGCCAUAUACAAACCCAGGAGAUUUAGUUUAUCCUGGUUUGCAAAUUGGGUGUGCAUCUCAUUGGGUGUCAUUUUGAUGGUUUUAGCUCCAAUUGGUGCACUCAGGCAAUUGAUUCUUCAAGCAAAGGACUUCAAGUUUUAUUCUUAGAGUUUCUUCUAUAAGGGCCUUUUGCUUUUAGCAUUUCUUUUUUGUUCCUGUUUUAGUGUCCUUAUUUUUCUUUUAGGUACAACCUUUUGUUCUUAUUACCAUUAUAUUUUAAUGUAAUGUGUAUAUAAUAUUAUGACAUUUUUUAUUUUUCAUUUCUUCUACAA